CACAAUCGUCGGAGAAUUGUCUGGAAACGAGGAAAUACAAGCGCGAUGCGCCGAUGCACAAAAAAAAAGUAAAACCGAGGACGAUUAUUUGACUGAUGACAGGUUGAAAUUUGGCGCGGUCAAAGUACAAAAAAAAGAAAGAAAGAAGAGGAAGGCACACGACGAAAGGAGAAAAUGAGAGAAAGAAAGGGGACAAUCGAUGAGGAAAGGAUGGCUAGUCACGCAACGUAACACAAUCCCAGCUUGAACGGGAGGCAGGACCCACUAGUUGUAAUUAUAUGUAGUUAUCUUCGCGAUGUUCUCGGAACGCUUUGCUUCGACCCCACCCUCGAGCUUACCGAGAAACAAGAGGGAGACAGUGCGAACCGUCGUCGAGCGAGACGAAACGAUACGGACAGCGGCUGAUCGGAAGAAGAGGGACGAAGUGAAAUCAGAGAUGGAGGGGGCGCAGAGGGCACCGGGCCGAGGAUGAAAGUUACAUAUAUAUAUAUAGAGAGAGGAAGAAAGAAUUCAGAUCGCAGAAAAGAGUCGCAGUCCUCAGCCCCGGACGGUCCCCGUCGAUCUAUCAGAGUGAACAGAACAGCCGACAGAAGUAGGUCCCCCGGUUCUGCGUUCCAUUCGCGAGCGAAACACGCCGACCGAUGAAAAACAGCCCAAAAAUGAGAAGCUUCGUUUUGCUAUUGUUUUCCAUUCACUUUGCUCUUGCCGUGAUUGGACGGCAUCACAGGGAUAGCGGGUUUCUAAAUCAUGUGCAACUGGUGCACGAAUUCCGGUGUUCCUCGCCACAACCGAGGGCCGUGCCGGUGGCAGAACUUUUAACCGUUGGUCCUAGCCCCGACGAGGUCUUCUAUCCCGCUUCUACCGUUUUGACGCGCUGCGAGGGAGCUGGAUGUUGCCCGGAUUCCAAACAGAUUUGUGCGCCCGUCGAAACUAGAAAUGUAAGCCUUGUCUUUAUGGUGAAGCACAUGAUCGAUCGACAACGGGACAGACAUCACGAAGUGCUACACGUUUUGGAGCAUACGAAGUGCGGUUGCGUUGAUAAGAAACUUAUAAAAUUCGACUGAUCGCUCCUCGCCGAAAGUUUAUCUUAACGCGAUGGAAAACGGACCUGAAGAGGACCUUUUCCAAACGAGGAUUUACAUCCAUUGUUAUAAGAAUAUUGUAAAGUAGUUUCUUAGUAUUUAGUUAAAGUUAAAGGGUACCAAAAUGAUGUUUAUAAUUGCAUAACUGAAUAACAGUAUAGUUAAUGGUAAGAUUAAUACAAAUUAUAAGCUUAAAUGUAAGACAAGUUCCUCGAUUUAAUC